GCUUGCAAGGCGUGCUUCGUUGAUGUCGCCGGCAUCGAAGUAAACAGUAAACACUGACGUGAUGCAGACAUACAGUCAUGCGUAGUUGUUAAUUAGUGAUAAAAAAAGAAGCAAAAGUCAGCUGCUUUCCUUUGAAUUCAUCUUUCAGUUCGGUUAUGAUGUUUCGAGUGACGCUUUGGCGACGAUUAAUAGCAAGUCGCGCAACUGAUCGUUGCUUACGAGCCCGAGCAUUGCAAGAAUAUCCCAGAAUCCUACAAACUCCGCCGAUAAAUAGUUACAUUAAAAACUUAGCAUCUCGCAGUUACGUGACUUCUACGUUAAUACAGGAGUCAGUGGAGAAGAAUAAGUCAAUGCCAUUGGAUCCCAGUACUGAAAUUUCAAAUACAGUUCAAGCAAUUGAAACCAGUGUGAAAAACAGUAACAGAGUUAAAAAAUCAACUUUAUGUGGAUUUUUGGAUAUGAUUGAAGUGAAAGGACAUCCCCUUGAUGAUCAAACUUGGCUCCUUUUAUUGAGGUGUUGUGGGAGCUUGCUGCCGGAUGAAGUUCCUUCAGCACGAGUGAAACUUGCUGACAGGGUGUGGAAAUUACUGAAACACUCAGGUUGCCCACUUACUGUGGAUCACUACAAUGCACUUCUGUAUAGCCACCUGGAAAACAGAAAUCUAAUAUCCUUGCCAAACUUUCUUGAGUUAAUGGGAAAUGUGGUGCCAACUGAGACUACGUAUCUCUUAUUAUUGGAACUCAUGUGUGAAGGUGGUAAUAUAGAUGCUGCUGCGGAAGUAAUACAGCAUAUGAAAAGGGAAAAUUUGCCUGCAAAUGAACGUAUGUUCAAUGCACUUUUGAAAUGCAAUGCCAAACUAAGAGACCAUGAAGGUUGUCAAAAAAUCCUUGAAACUAUGCGAGCUGCUCAUAUAUUGCCCAGUGUGGAUAGCUUUGCAUCAUUACUUGAAGGUUUUGGUGAAGCAGGGGAUAUAAAUGGUUUCAAAACAACUUACACAGAUGCCACGGCUUCUUCAGUAUCUUUUAGUGAAAAGCACAUUUUAAAUAUUCUAAGGAAAACUGCCCUUUCAACAAAUUACCAAAUUUUCAGCAAGGUGUUGCAGAUGUUUCCAUCUGGGCUCCUUAACAUGACCCCAAAUGUUGCUAAUUUGGCCACACAUCUUGUACAUUUGGGGAAAGUGCAAGAAGCUUAUACUCUGUUUAAGUAUUUGCCUAAUGAUGCAGAUUAUCAGAACUACAGUAAUUUCUUUAUUGAAGACAUUGUGAAGACUAAUCAAGAAACAUCCAUCAUUGUAAGCAUCUGCGAGGACUUGGAAAACACUGGACGCAAUAGUUGCGCUCUGCUUACUGCAGCUGAGGUCGCUCUGUCUGCGAAGAAGGUGGAAAUAGCACUUGGUAUUUUUAAAGCCAUGAAGUUACACACUCUGCCUCUUCGCCCACACUACUUCUGGCCAUUGCUUGUCAUUGAAGCUAGAGAAAAGGGAGAGAAGGGAGUUUUUAAUAUUCUGUCUCAGAUGAAAGAGUUGGAGGUGAGCCCAGAUUCAGACACAUUGCAAGACUAUGUUCUCCCAUAUUGCUCACUGUCAGAUCCAGUUCAACUUGUGCGUAAACUACAAGAUCUUGAACUUAAACUUUCUGCAAUUAUGGUCCCACUGCUAGCUGUACUUCUGAGACUUGGUUGUCUACAACAUAUUCAGGAGUUAUGUGGAACGUACAAAUUUCAGAUUGAUGCCAGUUCACUCACUACUCCAUUGGCUGUUGCAUAUUUGGUCACUAAGGACCUGCCAACGGUAAUAAGCCUAAUAAAGACUUUCUCAAGUAUCAGCAAUAACAGCAAUACAGAUGUUGGAGGCUAUUUCUUGUUGGGUGCUAUGACUUCUAAACGUAUAAAAAUAGAAGCGAAAGAAAUUGUCAACAUUAUGCAAGCUUUCAAGGAAGAAAGUAUAUUUAUUUCCAGUGCAGCAGCAGACGCAAUAUAUUAUCAGCUGCAACGCCACACAAGAGAUUUACAUGACUUGAAAAUAAACAGAAACAUUAUUUAUCAGUUGGUGAGAAGUGAUACAGAUCCCUCAAAAGAAUCAAACAAUCAUAUGUUGCAUCCGAGAGAGAUGACUCUGGAGGAACUUGAAUGCCACUUACUGGAACUGAAAUCUAAAAGUAUGAACACUCGUGGUGUGCUUCGAAGGCUGUUGCAGAUGUAUUGUAAACUAGGUGAUUGUCAGAAUGCUGCAAGGAUUGAAAAGGAAUUUGAAAGAGCGGGCCAUGAAUUUUCUCCAGGAAUGUAUGCUGCAUUGUUGGAUGUGCAUGUAAAAUGUAAAAAUUUGGAAGCUGCACAAAAAUAUUUCACACAUUUAAUGCAAGAAUUUCCUGGCUUGAAACUUGAUGAGUAUAAGGUUGUAGAUUAUGCAACUCUUCUUAUUUCUUGUGGAAAAGAAACAGAUGCAUUACAUGUACUGAAGAAUUAUGCAUCUUCACAUAAAAUCAGGAAUACAACUGAAAUAUCACGUAACUGUUUUAAAUUGUUGAACGCAGUGGCAGAAAAGAACAAUCCAGACAUUACUAAGAGAAUGUUAGAACAAUUGGCCCGUCUAGGUUACUGUUCAGUGACAAAUGUUCUCUUAGGUGCUGUCAUUAGAACCUACUUAAAUUGCAACAAUUUGGAGGGUGCAGUAACAGAGUAUGUCAACUGUGUUAAAGAGUUCCGUAAAACUCCCCUACAACAUGAAUUGAUGUGCCAAUUAGCUAAAAGUGAACAACACGAGCCCCUUCUAGAACUGGUUCUUGAUGGAACAAAAGAAGUGCAUGGAUCUGAUGCUGCAUGGGUGUCCUAUGCAGCAGCUGUUGCCGAGACUGGCUCCACCACCCGUUUACGCAGUAUUCUUUUGAAUAAACAUUUCAACUGGUCACUCUUCAUUCAACGAUGCAAGAGAUUUGUGGAUGAAAAAAAAUUAUCUCCUCUUGAGAAGAUAGUAGCAGCAGGCCAAGGACUACCACAUCCACACAUCCCUUCAAUUUAUACAUACAUGUUGGAAAUAUACUGCCGUCAGGGUGAUACUGUAGGAGCACUCUCUCUCUGGACAUCGGCUCAGGAAGCAAACAUCAUUCCAGAACCAAAAUUUCUAAUUAAAUUGGCAUCAUUACUUAAAAGCCACAAAUGUGAAGUGCCAUUUACAGUUCCAACAGCCGAAGAGAAUAUUCAUGAAAGAUAGACAUGUGUGUAUGUUAAUAGUUAUCAGCAUUUUGUAUAUAAUGUGCAGUGAAAAUUUUAAUAAACAAAGAUUUUUUCCUGUAAAUGUAA